UUACUGAUUUUCCCCGCCCAGUUCGACCCUGAUUUCCAAACGCCUCUCAUUCUAGGCGAGUCGUUGGAUUUCUCGGAUUCUGAAGAGUCACAGUUUGUCGGUGCAUUUUCAGACGGCCUGUGGGCCAAGUCUGAGCCAAUACUGUCUAUGUCUAGUUUCCAGAAGCCCGCUGCCGGCUCUGUACUCGGUAUGUCUACCCCGCGAUGGAUACAUGUUGCUGGUACUACGCCUCCACGCGGUCUUUGCAGGAUGCUAGUUCGUACUCGACAUACGGCCAAUCCCCUUACGUGA